UUCCAGCCUGCAGCAGUUCCAGCCUGCAACAGUUCCAGCCUGCAACAGUUCCAGCCUGCAGCAGUUCCAGCCUGCAACAGUUCCAGCCUGCAACAGUUCCAACUUGCAACAGACCCAGCCAGCAACAGUUCCAGCCUGCAACAGCGCCAUCCUGCAACAGUUCCAGCCUGCAACAGUUCCAGCCAGCAACAGUUCCAGCCUGCAACAGUUCCAGCCUGCAACAGUUCCAACUUGCAACAGACCCAGCCAGCAACAGUUCCAGCCUGCAACAGCGCCAUCCUGCAACAGUUCCAGCCUGCAACAGUUCCAGCCUGCAACAGUUCCAGCCUGCAGCAGUUCCAGCCUGCAACAGUUCCAGCCUGCAACAGUUCCAACUUGCAACAGACCCAGCCAGCAACAGGUCCAGCCUGCAACAGCGCCAUCCUGCAACAGUUCCAGCCUGCAACAGUUCCAGCCAGCAACAGUUCCAGCCUGCAACAGUUCCAGCCUGCAACAGUUCCAGCCAGCAACAGUUCCAGCCAGCAACAGUUCCAGCCUGCAACAGUUCCAGCCAGCAACAGUUCCAGCCUGCAACAGUUCCAGCCAGCAACAGUUCCAGCCUGCAACAGUUCCAGCCAGCAACAGUUCCAGCCAGCAACAGUUCCAGCCAGCAACAGUUCCAGCCAGCAACAGCUCCAGCCUGCAACAGUUCCAACUUGCAACAGCGCCAUCCUGCAACAGUUCCAGCCUGCAACAGUUCCAGCCUGCAACAGUUCCAGCCAGCAACAGUUCCAGCCUGCAACAGUUCCAGCCUGCAACAGUUCCAGCCAGCAACAGUUCCAGCCUGCAACAGUUCCAGCCUGCAACAGUUACAGCCAGCAACAGUUCCAGCCUGCAACAGUUCCAGCCUGCAACAGUUACAGCCAGCAACAGUUCCAGCCUGCAACAGUUCCAGCCAGCAACAGUUCCAGCCAGCAACAGUUCCAGCCAGCAACAGUUCCAGCCUGGAACAGUUCCAACCAGCAACAACCCGAGUAA